AUGCCACAGAACCCCGAUAACGCAUCUGGGCCAAUUCUAGUGGACACGGGUUCGCAAGGCACGCAGCAGGUCAAUGAAGUCUCGCACACCGAUGAGAGCAUUCAGCAUAUCAAUCAACAGGAAGCCCAACAAACCCCGGCUCGGGAAACACAGGAAAGCCAUCCGAAGACUCCCAGUAUAGUAGCGCCGGAAAUAGCUCCCCGCACAGAACGAGUACCCGAAAGAUCAAGCAACAAUGGAUCGAUAACAGACCCUACUAUAGCGAAGAUGCUUGGGGAUCUCUCCAAGAGGAUCGAGUCAAGUUCGUGGAGGUUCAUGCAACAGUUGUCCCCCGAGGAAGCGGUCCCGGAACCCGUUUCACGGAAAUUUGGAACGCCGGAACUCCCUACGUACGACAGGAUCUCGGAUCCCGAGGAACGCACCAUCUCUUACACCUACGCGGGAAAAGGCAGCGACCUUCAAGAUGAUGAGUUCGAGCCCGUCUCGUUGAAGAAGUUUGGCGAAACACUCUCAAAAGGAACCAUAAUGUGGCGACACAACCUAGCGCCUGACCUCACAAACUCGCUUACCAUUCCAGCAGAUUCCUCCGCAGAGGCACACGCCGAUGCCAUCGAAGCAGCAACGGGAUGGCCCGACACAUCUGAGGCCGAACAAAGAGAGAAUGAAAUGCCAGAAGAAGUCGCGCCUCAUUCCCUGAUGGAAUGA